AUGAUUUUGUGUUUAGAACCAAGUAAUGCACCACAAGCUGUUACAGUUAGUGCGACAUCCUCUAGAAGUAUCUCCGUCUCAUGGGAUCCUAUCGUUGCUGACGGUCGAAAUGGAAUUAUCAGAGGAUACAUCGUGAAUUAUCAAGCCUUACCAAAUGGUUACAUCGUCGCCAAGAUCCUCAAUAUUACUAAUGAGGAACAGAAUUAUAGACAAAUAGUCACUUUAGAUAAUCUGAAUGAGUUUACAAACUACAGUAUAGGAGUGUUAGCAUUUACUGCUUUCGGAAAUGGACCAGCAAGCGUUGUCCAGGUUGUGGAGACAAUGGAAGACAGUAAGUUUUAUGCCAGCAUCUGUGCUGUUAUUGUUACUUUUAUUGUGUUUAUUCUUGCAUUUAAUGAAAUCAUAUUGGACGCAGAAACAGUACUUUGGGAUACUGAGUGUUUUGUAUUUUUCCAGCCUUUCUAUUUUAUUUUUGAUGUUCUCAUAUUUGGUGCAAAGUAUUAAUGUAACAGAUAGCAAAAGGCAUAUAUGUUGUUGACAGUAGGUAACUCUCAGGGUCUCUUUCAGCAGUGGAAGUUUUCUUUCACGGCAUUUGCAACAACUCACAUUUUGGUCGUACAAGCCUUCUUGAGAAUACAUUGACGUACAAGAUUGACGAAGUAAACUUUAUAAAAGUUGCGAAAAUUGAGAUGUACUUUGUAACCCUAAAAUCCAGUGGCCGCUAAAGGCUAAGUCUUCUGAAUAGAUUUCCUUUUAUUCUUUUAAGGUAUUCCGGAUUUUUGUUGGUAAUGUUAAUUACUUCAGAGCUUCUUACUUUUUAUGCAAAAUCUUUGUGCACCAAAAAGUAGUAGGCAAUAUUCCUUCCGUUCUAGUUUGUUUCGAGGGUAUUGUUUUUUGUGAAAAUUAUUGAAUUAUUUUUCAUUCUUUUAUUUGUUUAUUUUUCAAUGCGAACGCAUUCGUUUGGAAACUGUUCACAGCUUCUUUAACAACUUGUAAAGAUGGUUCUCUUAAACAUCAUUUUUUAACUCCUGAAAUUGCAAUAACAUGUAAGAUUGAAAGUUUAGACUUAAAAAGUGUCGUCGAUAUAUUCAAUGUUAGAUGUACUUUGUAAUAUCAUGAUUUUGUGUUUAGAACCAGGUAAUACACCACAAGCUGUUACAGUUAGUGCUACAUCCUCUAGAAGUAUUUCCGUCUCAUGGGAACCUGUUAUUGCUGAUGAUCGAAAUGGAAUUAUCAAAGGAUACGUCGUGAAUUAUCAAGCAUUACCAAAUGGUUACCUGGUCGCCAAGAUCCUCAAUAUUACUAAUCAAGAACAGAAUAAUAGACAAACGGUGACUUUAGCUGGUCUAAAUGAGUUUACAAACUAUAGCAUUGAGGUGUUAGCAUUUACUAUUUUUGGAAAUGGACCGGCAAGCGUUGGGCAGGUUGUGGAGACACUGGAAGACAGUAAGUUUUAUUUCCCAUAA